AUGAGUCUUUAUAAUAUCAAAAAAAGCUUUUUAAAGAAAAAUCCAUUUCAACAAUAUCUUGUUUUAAAAAGAUGCUAUUUGUCAUCACAACCAAUAGCAAGAGCAAUUACUUUUAAUAAAUAUGGUAAUCCAAAAGAUGUACUUUGUGUUCAUAGCUAUCGCUUACCACCUUUAACACAAACAACCAUAUACUUGAAAUUUUUGGCAUUUCCCAUAAAUCCAUCAGAUAUCAAUCAAAUUGAAGGUGUUUACCCUGCAAAACCUACAUUCAGGAAAUUAGCAGUCAUUGAUAAUAAUAAUGAAAACGAGAAUGAAUUUGCAAUAGCAGGAAAUGAAGGUGUUGCUGAAGUGAUUGCUGUUGGCGAUCAAUUAAACAGUGAAUUCAAAGUUGGUGAUUGGGUUGUAAUGGGAAAACCAGGAUUUGGUACAUGGUGUACGCAUGCUAUUGCAAAUGGAGAUGAGGUCACUCGUAUUCCUAAUGGUGUCAUCGGAUUGGUCCAAGCAGCAACAUUAACGGUUAAUCCAUGUUCAGCUUAUCGAAUGUUAAAAGAUUUUGUUGUUGAUUUAAAAGAAAAUGAUUUUGUGAUUCAAAAUGGAGCUAAUAGUGGUGUUGAUAUAGAUGAAUUAAAAUCACAUCUUGGUUCACUUGGUGCUACUUAUACAGCAACUGAUGAAGAAUUAUCUCAUUUUAAAUUCAAGAAUACUAUUAAAGAUUUAUUAUCAGAACAUAAAACUUCAAAUGGUAUUAGACUAGGUUUGAAUUGUGUUGGAGGAAAAGCAACAACUGAUAUGAUAAAACAUUUAAGUGAAUCAGGGCAUGUUGUAACAUACGGAGCAAUGUCUCGUCAACCAAUCACAAUUCCUGCAUCUUUAUUAAUCUUUAAAAACAUCAAAUUUCAUGGAUUUUGGAUGGCAAAAUGGAAUGAAUUGCAUCCAAAAGAGGAGCGCCUCAAGAUGCUUGAAGAAAUUGUUUCAUUGAUGAAAGAUGGCAAAUUCACUGAUAUGAGGAAUGAAGUGACAGUUUGGGGUGAUGAAAAUGAUAAUGAUGAAACUUUGAAAAAGAAAUUCUUUGCUGUUUAUGACAAAGCUGGUGCAGCAUUUAGUGGAAAGAAACAAAUUAUAAAAUUAAAAAAUACCAAUUAA